ACGCGCGAGCCCGUGUUCCGGGUUCCGCCUGGGAGCAGCGGUUAGUCUCCCAGCUGUGCGGGUCGGGCCGACCUCUCUCGGGCUUGUAGGCCUUGUGUUCCCUGCUUGCCUCCCGGACGCCCCUGCCGGGCCUUUGGCAGAAGCCAUGGUGGUGCUGCACGUGAAGAGAGGCGACGAGAGCCAGUUCUUGCUGCAGGCGCCGGGGAGCUCCGAGCUGGAAGAGCUCACGGCGCAGGUGACCCGCGUCUACAACGGGCGGCUGAAGGUGCAGCGGCUCUGCACAGAGAUGGAAGAACUAGCGGAACAUGGUGUGUUUCUCCCCCCAAAUAUGCAAGGGCUGAAUGAUGAGCAGAUUGAAGAGCUGAAAUUAAAGGAUGAGUGGGGAGAAAAGUGCGUACCCAGUGGGGGUGCUGUUUUUAAGAAGGAUGACAUUGGACGGAGGAAUGGGCAAGCUCCAAAUGAGAAAAUGAAGCAGGUUUUGAAGAAGACUGUAGAAGAAGCCAAAGCAAUAGUGUCUAAGAAACAAGUGGAAGCUGGAGUCUUUGUUACCAUGGAGAUGGUGAAAGAUGCCUUGGAUCAGCUUCGAGGUGCAGUAAUGAUUGUUUAUCCCAUGGGGCUGCCCCCGUACGACCCCAUCCGGAUGGAGUUUGAAAAUAAAGAAGAUCUGUCAGGAACUCAGGCAGCACUCGAAGUCAUUCAAGAGUCAGAGGCACAGCUGUGGUGGGCUGCCAAGGAGCUGAGAAGAACGAAGAAGCUUUCUGAUUAUGUAGGGAAAAAUGAUAAAACCAAAAUCAUUGUCAAGAUCCAGAAGAGGGGGCAGGGCGCGCCAGCCCGCGAGCCAAUCAUCAGCAGUGAGGAGCAGAAGCAGCUGAUGCUGUUUUACCACAGAAGACAGGAGGAGCUCAAGAAACUGGAAGAAAAUGACGAUGACUCCUGUUUGAAUUCUCCAUGGGCUGAUAACACUGCUUUGAAAAGACAUUUUCAUGGGGUAAAAGACAUCAAGUGGAGACCCCGAUGAAGCUGGCGGCUUGAUGAGGCUGCGGGAACCGCCAGCCACCUUCCUUGGGCAAAAUAAUUAUAAUACUAUAAAGGACUAACCAUAAAGACGUGGAGAUUCCUAUUUUCCUGGUUUUCUUUUCAUUUGAAUUUUUUAAAUAAGUCAUUCACAGUUUUAGAACUUAAUAAAUAAAAUGUGUGAAUUGUU